AUGGGUGUCUCGUCAGAAUUCCUCGAGCGUGUGUACAAACGAAAGGAGAUUUUCGCUAAUGUGCCAGGUACUUUUGCCAACGAAUCAUACACAUCUCGAUUGCCUGGACUGGUUCGUGACUGUGUGAGCAACAACCGCGAGCGAUUCUCAGAGGAGCAGAGCAAGCGAUUGCUGCAGCUAGCUGAUGACAUGGUGAACGACGCUGUGAUUCCACUGCCGUCUGAAUAUCCUGAGCAGUUUACCAAGUCCCCUACGAGUGCAGAAUGGGAAGCGUUGCUGAAGGGCAAAGACUACACGUGGCAGAACUCUCCUUGGUUCUUGAGUGAGCAAUACAUGUUUCACCUCGUACUAGUGCUGGCCGAGUACUACACAACAGGCGUUGAUCCAUUCUACCCUUCCAAGGUGGCGGAGCUGAAGGAGACCACUCCGUGGGCGUUGUUACAGACGGCAGUGAGUCUAUCGGCUCAAGAAGAGGCCAGUUCACAAAGUCGCCACGACCAACUGAAGCGGUUCAUGAAGUUGUGUCUGUGGGGCAACAAGGCUGAUGGCUGUUAUAAGGAAGUAAAGGACACCAUCAGUGGUGCAGACGCGUCGUUAGCGUUUAACGAUGAGCUCCUGCUGGUGGACCAUAGUGACAAGGUCAUCACUUACUUGAAGCAAAAAGCGCAGGAGACUGGUGAUGCAAAGUGCCUUAACGUGCAAUACAUUAACGACAAUAGUGGCACAGAGCUUUUGCUCGACUUGGCAUUAGCCGACCACUUGCUCGAUCAUGGUUGGUGCGGUAAGGUGACGCUGAACGUCAAGGUAGAACCCAUGUACGUAUCAGAUGCGACACCUGCUGAUGUACAUGAACACAUUGUUGAAAUGCAGCAUAAGACGCGUACGCCUGAAAUUCAGACUCUGGGUAAGCGCUUGGGUAGAUACAUCCAAAAAGAUCAGCUCGUAAUUCGCUCCGACAUUUUCUGGAACCGGUACUCUUACUACUGGGAGAUGCCCGUGGAGUUGCAGACUCGCUUGGCCCAUGAGGCGACGCUCGUGAUUAUCAAGGGAGAUCUGAAUUACCGUCGUCUGUUGGGAGACCGCCUGUGGCCACCAUCAACGCCAGUGGAGGAGGCUAUUCCAUAUUUCCCGACUGCUUUCGUAUCGUUCCGUACGCUAAAGUCAAACCCCGUGGUUGGGAUUCCUGCGGACAUCGUGGCAAAGCUCGAGAAGGAGGACUUAAAGUGGCGGUACAACGGUAAACGCGGCACGAUCCAGAGCGUACUGACUCUGGAAUCCGUGGCCGAGUGA